GGCCAGGUCAAGUCUGGUAAAAUGAUUUGUUUGUCCGGAAUUUACCCUUAUCACCAGAAAGACAGUCCCAGAACGGCUCAUGUACUUCAUGAGCUCACGACAGUCGACUUAUUCCGUUGUGUCACAUCGUGCCUGCCCCAAAAUUUUAAUUUUACUUCCCUUGUUUACCUGUCAACCUCAGUAUGGGUGGAACGUACACGAAAUUGGAUCCAAUGGAGGUGGAAGUGCCAAAAAUUAAUCAACUCUUCUCAUACGAUGGGUAUUUGAAGACUUACGAAAGAGAAAUCCGGCGCAGACAUGCUUGUUUUUUGGAUUAUAUGGAAAUGAUAAACAAAACAGAGGGUGGUGUCGACAAGUUUACCAAAGCCUAUGAGUAUUAUGGAAUCCAUAUUUUAAAUGAUAAUUCAGUUACAUACCGAGAGUGGGCUCCAGGAGCUAAACAAGUUUACCUAACAGGACAGUUCAACAAUUGGGAUAGAAGAAAGCACCCUUUGAAAAAAUUGGAAUUUGGUAAAUGGGAACUUAUUUUACCUCCAAACCCUGAUGGAUCAUCUCAGAUAAAACAUCUGCAAGAAGUAAAAAUUGUGAUUGAAACAGGAAGUGGGGAAUUAGUUGAUCGACUAUCUCCUUGGGCAAAUUAUGUAGUCCAGCCUCCAAAGACCGAGGGAGUAACUUACAGACAGUAUAUUUGGCAGCCUCCAGCCAAUGAGAAAUAUCAAAUGAAGUACAAGCACAUCAAACGGCCAGCCUCCUUACGUAUUUAUGAAAGUCAUGUGGGCAUAGCAACUGCAGAGCCAAAAGUUGGCUCGUAUAAAGAAUUCAUUGAGAAUGUCAUACCUCGCAUAAAGAAACUCGGAUACAAUACCAUUCAGCUAAUGGCAGUCAUGGAACACGCUUACUAUGCCAGUUUUGGUUAUCAAGUUACUAGUUUUUAUGCUGCUUCAAGUCGAUUUGGAACACCAGAUGAAUUGAAAAUGUUGAUUGAUGCUGCCCAUAAAAAUGACCUGUAUGUUCUCCUGGAUGUGGUUCAUUCCCAUGCUUCCAAAAAUGUUCUUGAUGGUUUAAAUCAAUUUGAUGGCACUAACAGCUGCUUCUUCCAUGAUGGUCCAAGAGGUGAACAUCCUUUGUGGGAUAGUCGACUUUUCAACUAUUCUGAGCAUGAAGUUUUGCGAUUCUUACUGUCUAACUUGCGAUGGUACAUGGAAGAGUAUCGUUUUGAUGGAUUCAGGUUUGAUGGUGUAACUUCUAUGAUCUAUCACUCCAGAGGUGUUGGUCAUGGAUUUAGCGGUCACUAUGAUGAGUAUUUUGGUCUGAGUGUUGACACAGAGGCGCUCGUCUAUUUAAAAUUAGCCAAUCACAUAAUACAUGAGUUGUAUCCCAAUGCAACUACAAUUGCUGAGGAUGUAUCUGGUAUGCCAACAUUAUGUCGACCAUCCGAUGAAGGAGGUAUCGGGUUUGAUUUCCGUUUAGGAAUGGCAAUCCCUGAUAAGUGGAUCAAAUUAUUGAAGGAAGUACCAGAUGACUCUUGGGAUAUCGGAAAUAUUGUUCAUACCUUAACCAACAGACGCUGGAUGGAAAACACGGUGGCAUAUGCAGAAUCACAUGACCAAGCUUUAGUAGGUGAUAAAACUAUUGCAUUUUGGUUGAUGGAUAAAGAAAUGUACACUCAUAUGUCAACGAUCUCCGAGCCAUCUUUAAUUAUCGAUCGAGGAAUUGCCUUACAUAAAAUGAUUCGACUGAUUACCCAUGCCCUUGGAGGAGAAGCAUACCUUAACUUCAUAGGUAAUGAGUUUGGACAUCCAGAAUGGCUAGAUUUUCCUCGCAUUGGUAAUGGAGAGUCGUAUCACUAUGCUCGCAGGCAGUGGAAUCUAGUGGAUGAUGAACUACUGAAAUACAAGUACCUCGCCAAUUUUGAUGCAGCCAUGAACCACCUUGAAGAAAAGUAUGGUUGGCUCCAAUCGAAUCCUGCAUAUGUCAGUUGGAAACAUGAAGAUGAUAAAGUAAUCGCCUUUGAAAGAGCCAACUUACUGUUUGCAUUUAAUUUUCAUCCAACUAAGAGUUUUACGGAUUACAAACUCGGUGUUGACCUGGCUGGCGAAUUCAAAGUUGUGUUGAAUUCAGAUGCUCCUGAAUUUGGUGGCCACAAUCGCAUUGACCCUAAUGUCACUCACUUGACUCACCCUGAGCAUUGGGCUCAUCGCCUGAAUUGGCUGCAAGUCUAUUUACCAUCAAGAAGUGUAGUUGUAUACGCCUUGAAAUAGUCAUCCCAAUGAAGUUGAAUUCGUCCUCUCCAGUGUUGCCUGAAAAUAUUUAUUUAUCAAAGUUCAUUCAGACUUUUAUGUUAUAUUUAUUUCGUAGAAAAUUUUUUGUGCGUUUCUAAACUCACCCUUUUUCGUUGAUUUAUUAUUAACAUUACGUUAUUAUGGAAAUAUUUUGUUGAACCACAGGUUUGUCAGAUUUUUGUCAUCUUUGAUCGUACUUACUAACUUCUAAAAAUGCGUGCCAAAGUCUAACUCCAAUGAAAUAAUCGUAUUUUAGUCCAUAUUUUUAUCUAGUUACUCUAAACAGGAAAAAAUCUUAAAAUUACAGUCCAUAGUCCUGUAAAUUUUUUUUUCUCUUUUUGAAUUUAAGUCACAAUUUCAAAGAUCUGUUGCCAAAGUUCAAUUUCUUUAUUAUAUCAUACAUUUUAUGUUGAUUUUAAAGUGAUCUUAAAAUAAGUACACCCAAAACUUUUAUCUAGUCUCUACAAACUGUAUCUACAUCGAGUGUAAUUGCAAAAUGAAUUCAGCUUUAACCUAAUUUCAGGGAAUCUAGUUAUCAUGAUAAUAAUGAGAUUUUCUACAUCUCCUGUAGAAUCUUCAAGCUGCCAAAAUCAAUUAUGUAGUUUUCAUUUUCCAGUGUGCCUAAAUUUACCUAUCGGAAUCAUUUUGGUCUAUGAUGCCCUUUUAAGAAAAUUCAGAGAACAGUGUCAAAUGAGCUCAUCACUAAUCACUGUAUUGGUAGUAAAUGUGUGAUCGACUCUAACGUGGUGAGACAUUGCCCAGUGCACAUUUACCUAAAUGAGGAUGUAAAAAACUUUCUCUAUCAAUAAUACUUUCAUAAUUAUGUCUUCCAGAAGUAGUCAACUUGUGCCUCUUCUUUCUCCCUUUUCAUCACAUAUUUUUCUUUCCUCGUCUUAUUUGAGUUCAGAAAAUCCUCUCAAAUUGAGAUAUUUUGGAAUUCCUCUGUUGGGUUGUCCAUUAUUUUGCCUGUGAUUUUUCUGUGCCUAAUUUUUACAUUAAGACUUCAAUAUCCAAAUACUUAAAUCAAAGACAACAGGAGCAAACAUACGAUGAAGCAAAUGUCUGUACUUACGUACUAUUUUUGAUGUGUUUUCUUUGUAUUCAUUUAUAGUGCCAUUUACACUGUGAUAGAUUCCUUAGUAGUAAUUUAUUUUCACUGAAACUCGUAUCCUAAUUAUCUAUUUAAUAAAUCUUUCUCCUAAGAUUUUCUGAAUUAGAUAUCGCUGCAAAGAGCUCUUUAUUUUUUUAAUUUUUCUGUCAUUCUCAUAUUUUUAGAAAUAUUAAAUUUUUUUUAUGUCUU